AUGACGAAUCGUGACCCCGACUUUCGACACCAGCUGGGCAAAUUUCGUCUCGAUCCAUUACCAAUUCCCCCGCACACGUCCCGUGCUCCUCCAGCGAAUACCACUACCCCUGCUGCGCCUUCAUACACUGUCUCGCCUUCCUUACAAACGUCUCUUCCGCCUCCGUUAUCCCAGCAGCAGCAACCGCAACCGCAACAUGCACUCCCCCCACCACACAUACCUCGAUCCCAAGCUUCGGUCUCCCCUGUUCCUCCACCUCGCAGUAAACGAGUCUCGACGGCCUGCGACUUCUGUCGGAAGAGAAAGAAGAAAUGUGAUUUCAGAUAUCCCAAUUGUUCUGCCUGCACGCGCGCCGGGGUUCGUUGUACCAUCCCCCCACCGGGUCCUCAGGUCGCCGCAGCCUCCGUGCCCCGCGAUCAAUUGGAGACUUUACAGAACAGGGUCCGAUGGCUGGAGGAGGUCAUACGCCGUAAGACGGGUAUCUCGGUCGCGGAACGGCCUACAGGGGCCCAAUUGGAUGGGGAGGCCGAUCCGGACUGGUGGUAUCAGGUCCCCGCCAUGAUGAUGGCGCGCGAGGCUCCUACGCGCUCCACCACCGCGACCACCACCCCUACAGCAGCGGCCGUAUCCAGCAGCGGCUCACCACCGAACUCCUCCACCGUGGGUACAGAGUUACCCAAUGUGGGCGAAAUUUUCCGAGAUCAAUUGGAACACCGCCGCCCUUCAGUCGCCCGACCCGCCGCGUCUGCCCCCCGGGUGGUUCGGCUUCCCUCGUUGGAUGAAGCGGAGCGAGUUGCGUCCCAGUACUUUGAUAGCAUGGGCUAUCAGUACCCUUUCCUCAACCGCACGGAGUUCUUCACGAAUAUGCGCCGCAUCUAUGCAGGCGAAGUUCCUGCUCCCGAGGUCCAUAAUCUGUAUCAUAUUACCAUUGCGACCGCCUUGUUGAUCGGGUCGGGUGAUGGAUCCAAAGCUGUAGAAUUCUAUCAGGCUGGCACUGAGACCCUCUCGUCGGCGCUACAGAACGAAGACCUGGCGGCCGUGAGAGCUUUGCUGAGCAUGGCACUGUAUACUAUGUUCGCCACGAGUGGCCCGAGCGUAUGGCAUUUGCUGGGGACCGCUCUUCGCUUGGCUAUCAGCUUAGGCUUACACAAAGCUCGGCCCGUGGGAAAUUUGGUCGACGAGGAAAUGGCGAAACGAGCAUUCUGGAGUCUUUAUAACCUGGACCGGCUAAUUGCAAGCACCCUUGGGCGGCCGUUAGGUAUCGCAGACGAGGACAUCUCAGUGGGUUUGCCGCGAGAGUUCAACGAUGACUGGUCUGAAGCCCCCGGGGCCAGCGCCAUGACCAUUCCCUUGCAGGUCGUGCGUCUCCGGCGGAUCUUCUCCCGUCUUUAUUCUUACUUGUACAACAAUCAGCCUCCACCACCCCCUUCUGAGGUCUUAGUCACGCUUGGGCACUUUCGUCAAGAGCUGGACGAGUGGCGUCGGGCUGCCCCAGUGUAUCCACCGGCAUUGCUCUACUCAACCAGCUAUUAUGACUACCUUUACGCGACUACUUUGCUUCUCAUGUACCGCCCAAGUCCACGAAACCCAACGCCAGAUGCGGCUAGCAUUAUAAGCUGCGGGGAUGCUAGUAUUCAGGUCCUCCGGUCGUACUGGGACAGCUAUUCGGCAGGAAAGCUUAAGUGGAUCUGGUUGACUCUCAGUCAGAUAUACUUUGCUGGGAUCACUAUCUUGUGGUGUUUGAAUCACAACCUGCAAACCGUCCGUGAGGGUCUAGUGGCGCCGUGGCAGCCUGAGGAGCGAGCCAUGCGGCGUGCCAUUCAGGCCGUUAUUGUUGUGCUAGAGGAGUUCGGCAAGCGUCGACCAGGAGUCGAGCGAUUGGCGGAAUCCUUUCGCAAUCAGAGUACCACGAUCUUUAGCCACUUCGCAUACCAGCAGGAGCAGCAGCAACAGCAACAGGUGCAGCAACAGGUGCAACAACAGCAGCAACAGCAGCAACAGCAACAACAGCAACAACAGCAACAACAGCAACAACAGCAACAACAGCAACAACAACAACAACAACAUCUCAUUCAACCCCCACCUCCGCCUCCACCUUUGUUGGUUCCGGAGGAGCAGUCUCUGCCUCCUCAGCCGCAGCAUGUUUUGAUGGCGCCGCCGGUACCGAUGGCACCGGUACUUGACGACGUUCUGCUGGUCGAUGCAUCCGGAAUGGUGCCAGUAAUCGAUCCCCAACUGGCAGAGCAACUGUUCUAUUCUUAUGACUGGUUUCAGGAGGAAAUGGCGACCUAUUAUACCCUAUAA